AUGUGCAAGUUCAAUUGCUCUCUCGCCAUUGUAUCAGCUGCUGACUUUGUACAGGGCCUGAAGGUCAAAGGAGAGAUCUCCUUGACCUGUGAUGCCUGGCAGGCCAGCAACAUCAACGGAUACUUUGUUGUGACAGCUCACUGGAUUAAGGAGCUAGAGCCAGGGAAGUGGAAGAUGGAAGACAUGAUAAUCGGGCUCACACAACUCAACAACGCACACCAUGGGAGACAUCUUGGCGAGGCACUGUUCAAGGUUGUUCAGCAGCUCAGAAUUGAGCAUCAAGUUGGGCACGUCACUUGUGAUGGAGCCUCAAACAACAUCACAAUGCUUGAGAAAUUCACGGAGUUGAUUGAGUCUGUCACCACUAGAGAGUGGGAUCCUGUUCAGCGUCGGAUCAGAUGUCUUGCGCACGUCAUCAACAUGGGAACCUGCAAGCUCAUUGACACAUACAGCACCUUCUCACAUUUUGAUCCAAGGGAUCCAGAAGCGCAUAUCCCUGACCUCACUGAUUCACCAAAUUGUGAUGAAAUUGGGAUCAUCCAGACCAUUGCAGUCAAGGAGCAUUUUUCUUUGCAGCACAAGUCUCUGUGGAAGCGUGUGUGGACUAAGACCACCAGGACCACUGCAAUUGUGAAGCAGCUUGUCCUCAACAUGAAAGUCCGGUGGUCAUCAAUGUUGGACAUACUCACUACCUUGUUCAAAGCAAAAAAGAGUGAUAACACAUUUGUAUUUGCUCUUGCUGGUGACAAACCAAAUCCCACAAAGCAAAAGAAACUUCUGGCUCUCCAGUUGACUGACACUGAGUGGCACCGCGUUAAUCUUUUCCUCAAUCUUCUUGCGGAGGCCAAUGUGACAAUCAACCCAAAAACAAAGUCGAAAAGAGAAGUGAAUUCGAAGACUGGAGAAUACAACCAAGUAGAUACAGUGUUUAUACCCAAAUCCAGUCUGAGUCAUAUCUACAACUAA